AUGGCGGGGCUGGAGCUGCUGUCGGAGCAGGGCUACCGCGUGGACGGGCGCCGGGCCGGCGAGCUGCGCCAGAUCCGCGCGCGGAUGGGCGUCUUCGCGCAGGCCGACGGCUCCGCCUACCUGGAGCAGGGCAACACCAAGGCGCUGGCCGUCGUGUACGGGCCGCACGAGAUGCGCGGCUCCCGCAGCAAGGCCCUGCACGACCAGGCGCUGGUCAACUGCCAGUUCAGCAUGGCCACCUUCAGCACGGGCGAGCGCAAGCGGCGGCCCCACGGCGACCGCAAGUCCAGCGAGAUGACGCUGCACCUCAAGCAGACCUUCGAGGCCGCCAUCCUCACGCAGCUCUACCCGCGCUCGCAGAUCGACAUCUACGUGCAGAUCUUGCAAGCGGACGGUGGGAACUACUGCGCCUCUGUCAACGCGGCCACGCUGGCCGUCAUCGACGCCGGCAUUCCCAUGCGGGACUACGUGUGUGCCAGCUCGGCCGGCUUCAUCGAGGACAUGCCCCUGGCUGACCUGAACUACGUGGAGGAGGCCGCUGCUGGCCCCCAGCUGGCCCUGGCGCUGCUGCCCAAGUCGGACCAGAUCGCGCUGCUGGAGAUGACCUCCCGGCUGCACGAGGACCACCUGGAGCCCAUCCUGGAGGCGGCCAGCAAGGCCUGCAGGGACGUCUACGCUGUGCUGGGCCAGGUGGUGCGCGAGCAUCUGCAGGAAGUCACGGCGCUGCUGGGCAAGUGAGGGCUGCCUCGGUGGCCAGGUGGGGACUCGGGGCCCCCUGCAGCAGCUCUCCAUCCAGAGAGGGCCAGCGGAGGGCUUCUGCCUGCUGUGACAGCUCUGCCCCCACCGCUCCCCUCUUGCUUCGUGCUGACGGUGGAUCAUGGCCGAGAGGGCUUCUCUCCCUGAGCCAUCUCUUCAGUCCUUGCCUCUCGCCCCACUCCUGCUGCGUUGAUGGGAGGAUUCUUGGUGGACGCACCAACUGCUAAGCUGUACAUACCACGUUUCCCUCUUUCUUAACAAGUUAAAAGAAGAAAUAUUAUUUGGGUUUGGCGCGUGGGUGAACAGGUCCUGCAGCCUCGCAGAAGCUUUCUCUUUGGCUUUAAGUAUGUCUGCCCUGCCUGUGGGGGCUCUCUGGCCAUCUGCUCAGCAGGGUCUCCAGGAGGGGGGAUCCGGUAUGAGAAGCAUCCUGCUCACGUGCAUACAAAUGCCUUUGUCCCAUCUCCGGGAUGAGUGCCACGUGAAGCCCCUACUCCCAUUAACAGUAACAGCUUUGACUAUCAGGCGUUUAGAAACGAAGAAAUAAAACCAGGACUAGAAAUUUGUACUUUACACCAAACUUACAUCUUUGUGGGUGUGUGAAAUACAUGUUCUUUGGAAAAAAUUUGGAGUCCAUUAAAAUAGAUCACAACUGCA